CUUUGGUGGGGGGGGGGGGGGCAUGGGGCUAAACAUUAUUCCUUAACGAAACAAUAUCCACUCUCCGUAGUGUUUUCUCCCUUUUCCUCUUUCGUCCGCUCGUUGUGUGUUGCCGCCGGAGCUGUUCUCCUUCUACUAAGGUUUCCAAUUCAGUUGUCACCGUUCUUAUCCAUCAGGGCGCUUAUAAUUUGGGUAACAUUAUUUUUCUUAUCUACAUGCUCGAGUUAUGGCUUCAGAGUUUGAAACAAUCGAGCAAAGGUUAAAAUCUUUUCAAGGCCAACUGCAGUCAGAGUUUGGCAUUCUUGAUCGAAUUGUCUAUAAAAACAAGUAUCAGCACAGAAGAUGCUCACGAGCACACUUUUGGUAGAUCUUUUUACGACAAAAUAAAUUCUAUAUUGCUCAGAGAAUCAAUUAAUGGGAGUUAGGUGAUCAAGGUAGCAAAGGGGCCCGGAGACCUCCCAGUGGAAAAAGAACAAGCAAUAUAGGAGGCAAUGGAGGACAUAGCAGCAGAGGAGGAAGCAGUGGAGUUGGAGGACGACGGAGAUGAAAAAUGACAUAUGGCGCUUAUAAUUUGGGCGACAUUAUUUUUCUUAUCUACAUGCUCGAGUUAUGGCUUCAGAGUUUGAAACAAUCGAGCAAAGGUUAAAAUCUUUUCAAGGCCAGCUUCAGUCGGAGAUUGGCAUUCUUGAUCGAAUUGUCUAUAAAAACAAGAAUCAGCACAGAAGAUGCUCAUACUUUCAGCACCUCUCAAAGGUGAGAAGAGACUUGAGGCUUCUGAAAUCAGCGAAUCUGGAUGAGAUACUCACUUCCUCUGACAUUAUCCAUGGAAAGAGGCCCAAGCAAAAGCUUCACCUCCUGGAAAGUCUGAAGAGAAGAACAGAUGGCAAGAAGCAAACCUUCUUAGACCGGCUCCUCGGCGCAGCCCAUCUAUUGUCACAAAUGGUUGAACCAAUGCUGAAGGCAGCAACACAGGUAUCGGUUCUUCUUGCCCAAUCAUUCUUCAUGGGGUUUUCAUUAACUGUCUUGGCCUUGCUGGCUCGAAUCAGAGUCCUCGUUAUACAAAUGCUUCUAGAUGUUGUUUGUGUGUUUAAUUGUGUGUCAUCCAUGUCUCAAAAGAAGCAAUCUGUUAAACUGAACACCGAAGGAUUUGAGGUUUUUAAAGAAUAUUAUCCUGCCAAGGGGCACACUAUUUCCCUAGAAUGUGUAUGGGAAACAGAUAAGUACAAGUUAGUUGAGCGAAAAGGUGAAAGCGAAGAUGAAAUGAAAGAAGACGAAUGCAUGAAACCGCCGAAAAUCCAGUACCAAAGCAUUGAGAUGUUUCUAGGAGAUGAUGAAGUUUCUGUAGAUGGAUCGUCCAUGUUGAAGAACAAAGAGGAUACGAAUUCUUUGUCGCAAAUUCUCAAUGAUGAUGUGGCAUCUCCCGGGAAGAGUAAAGUCUCUCCAGAAAGUGGAUUGUCAUUCCAAUUGAGGCAUAAAUCUGAAGCGAAGCGGAGUGUUGCAUUUGUGCCUGUAAAGAGGCCUUCUCCAUCUUCUUCAUUGCCUGCAUCUGCGAAUGAACCGGGGCUUUCAUUUCAAGGAAUGCAAAAUGGUGACCGUUUAACUAGAGAAGAAGAAGAAGAUCCUUUUUUCAGUUUACUCACUGGAGGAAACAAGAACAGUGCUUUGUUCUAAUCAUCAUCCGCAUCAGAACCUAGCAAAUUCGUGGCGUGUGUAUAGGAUUAUUGUUUGGUUUAUCUGUCCAAAAAAGAAACUGAUAUUGAAAAUUGCAGAUGAAGAUCUGUUUUGUCCGUAUAUUCACCAGAGGUAAGAACAGAGUUACAUUUUUAUUAAUCUUUUGGUUAAAAGAUCACUCUAUGAGAGACGACUAUGGCUUGCAUGUCCUCUUCAACUGGGAAAAAGUGUUAUUUAAUCCAGGGAUACACUCAUUGUUU